AUGAAAAAUAUAAAAGAAAAACCUAAUCCAUCUCUUUCAUCCCCCUUUAAUUUCCAGCCUCGCUCUCUCCUCUCCUCUCCUCUCCUCUCCUCUCCUCUCCUUGACGCCCCACCCUUGUCCGUGCCUCAAUCACCGUCGCCGCUGCCGCUAGUGUCGCCGCUACCACUAGUGUCGCCGCUACUGGACGCUCCUCUCGCCACCGCUCCCGCUGCCGCUCCCGCUUUGGUUAUCAGAUGGUGCUGCUACACACAGCAGCAGUUGGUGCUGCUGCACACAGCAGCAGUUGGUGCUGCUGUGCAGCAGCAGUUGGUGCUGCUGCUGUGUGCAGCAGCACCUGCUGCUGCUGCACACAGCAGCACCUGCUGCUGCUGCACAGCAGCAGUUGGUGCACCUUUCUUUUUUUUUAUAACUCAUUUAUAUGGCAGAGAGCGAAAAACAUUAAAUAGUGGUGUAUGGGUCAAAGGAAGUUGUUAUAAUGAAUAUGAAAGUGAUUACUAUGGCUUGCUGAAUGAGGUAUUAGAAUUAGAGUACUUUGGAGAGAAAAACAAGAUAAUCCUUUUCAAGUGUGAAUGGUUUGACACUAAUAGAGGGGUAAGGGUCCAUCCUCAACAUGGUCUUGUGGAAAUCAAUGUCAAAUUAAGGCUAGCAUCAUCUGAUCCAUUUAUUUUAGCUCAACAAGCUCAUCAAGUUUGCUAUAUUAAAUAUCCUAAAAUCAAUAAAGUCAAAGUUGACUGGUGUGCGGUUUUCAAAACCAAAGCUAGGAGCACUUACAAUAUUGGACCUUCCAUGGUUAACAACAAUUCAAAUGAGCAAAACUCCAAUGAUGUUGCUUAUCAAGAGGAUGAUGUCUCAAGACCUCAAGAAAUUGUACUAACAACCGAACUUGAUGAUCCCACAAUGUUACUUGAUUCAAGUAGUAUGGUUGAGGUGGAUGUUAAUGAAUUGCAACAAGUGCAACAACCACUUGAAGUGGUGGAAGAUGAAGAUGAGGAUGUAGAGGAAGAGGAAGAGGGAGAGGAUGAGGAAGAGGAAGAAGACACUGAAGAGUCAGAUAACGAUUUAGAAGUUGAUGGUAGUGAUAGUGAUGAUGAUGUCAACUUAGAAGAUGAUUCUGAAUGAUACAUUGUAAAAUGCCUCGAAGAGCAGUAUCAUCUAGAGGUAGAGGACAUAGCCAGCAGCUUUCUAUGAAUGAAACAGAUAAUCCAACUGCAGAUUGUACUUCUCUAUCAGAUGAUUCAACAAAUUCAUAGAUUAGUUUUUAGUUUUAUGAACAUUGUUAAGUAUUAUUGAUUUAUUUUAAAUUUUAUGACGAUUGUUAAGUAU